AUGACAGACUACGGCACUGCAGUUCUUGCGCAAACUCUCUCUGACAACUCGAAUCCUGGCCCUCCUCCCUCGCCACGUCUUCCAACUCUAAGGCGCCAACGUUAUCGUCUAAGCCGUGAAUCCUUGUCCAGUUUCCAAGACAAGCAUGACAUGAAUGCUACUACUCUCGACUCUAGCCCCUCUCAUAUCAGCAAAGGAACUCAACACAUCCGCCAAGUGAGAAUAGUUUCUGGUCCUGGCCAUGAGCAUCAAAGACCAAGUAGCUUUGGCCACAAAUCCCGGCCCUGUGGAUUCGCUGACAGUAGACCCAGAAUGGCCUCCCAAGAGAUGACUGAAGUGUGA